UUUGUUAAAAUUUUACAAAAAAUAACAAAUUGGUCAUAUUUUAAAGAUGCAUGAACUAAAACAGAUACUUUUAAGGUAUAAGCAACAAAAUGAACUUAGACUAAAAUGAACCAAUGAACUUGAAAUUACAGAGACUAAAAUGAACCAAAAUAAAGUGGGGGUGUGAAGAGAUGUUAUUAGUUUCUUAUAUCUGAUUUUUCGAUUAGUGUGACUAAAAACCCACAUUUACUAUCAUUUCUUUCUUUAAUCUUAUGCGUCGUCCGUGUUCUCUAAAAUAAUGUUUAGAAGAUAUUCUUCCAAAUAAAUAUUUAAGUUUGUCAAGUAUUAUUUUGUGAAGAAUAUUUUGUUUGAUUUUUAUCUCAAAAGGUGGGAAAAGCUUUUCUUGAUGUUAUACGUUUGGUUGGGUGGAAAGAGCUUUUAUCUAAUUGACAAAGAAUUGCAAAAAUUUUGAUUUAUUCCCACUAUCACUAGUAAUGGUAUAAUUUCAAGAGGUCAAAUUCUAAGUAAGGAGACAUUUACAUAGAUAAUCAAUUAAUGAGUUGAUAACUCACUAAUUAUAUCUUCUUUAAAAUUGGACGUUUAAUUGUCUAAACGGGUAUAACUCAACGGUAAUUGGUAUAUAUCUCCAACCAACAGAUUGAUGUUAAGCUUUCAAUUUCAUCUAAUUGAAUGAGUACAUCGCAUAAAAUACAACCAACAAACAAUAACUACAAAAUCAAAUAGGUAAAAAAAAAAUCCAAAUUCAACCAAAAAAGGGAAGAAAAAAAACCCCAAACCUAGCUUAAUUCAAGGAUAUUAAAAUUUCAGUACUUAUUUAACUUUAGGAUUUAAUAACUCACAAAAGUAAGUACAAGUAAAAAAAUUAAGAGAAAAUGUUAUGUGAGAUGGCGUAGUGACAAGCGCUUGAGACCUUGAAGUAUAUCAAAUUCGUAUUAAUUUUUUGGUACUUUUACCUACCUCCCAACAUAUAAAUGCAAAAACUUGUAUAAUUAAGGGGUGGUUUUCUACUCUUCUACUGUUGUUUUCCAAAAAUGGAAUUUCUUCAUUUGAAAAACUACCAUAUUUCUCAAAUGAGUUUAAAAAAUAUGUUAGACUUAGCCCUAGCCUUGCCUAACAUACAACCCUAUACUACAAAAGCAUAAAUCUUUGUACUUUGAACAAAUUAAAAAAAGAAAACACCUUGGAAAAACAUGCCCUAGACUAGAUCAUUAGACUAAAAUUUAAAAAAAAAAAAAAAGAAAGUGAAAGACACGCGCCAAAGAGUGAGUGGAUGACAGACCAAAUGUCCUUUUACCAAUGGUCACCAUCAACUCUUUUCACUGCUAAACUUGUCAUGUUAUGGCUAAUACUGUUCGUCUCUCUCUCUCUCAUCCCACUUGACCCACUCUCUCUCUCUCUCUCUCUACAGUGUUUAAACUCUCAGUUUGCUUUCCCUUUUCUCCUGAAAAAGAAAAUCCCAUUCCUCUCUCUCUCUCUCUGAUCUCUUAUAAUUUUCACUUCCUUCCCAUUCCCAUAGACUGCAACUCUCUCUUUCUUUCAAAGUUGAAACCUUUUUUCUGCAUUCUGAUCUCUAAUUUGGGUGUCCAACAGAGGAAGGGAAAAAAAAACCCCUUUUGGCAAACCCAUAUGAUUUCACAUUCUUCUCUCCAAGCCAUGCAAAACCCACUUCCCAUUUCUCUGAAAACCCUAAAAUAAGAAGUGGGUUUUGAAUUUCAACUCCCAUUUCUCCCUCCAAACCCUAAAUCCAGCAACCCCAUCAAGAAAAGCCCAAAUCUUGCUUGUUAUUUUCUAAAAAUAAUUGGAUUUUUAUGGAUUUGUUCGCAGAAUCUUCAUCCAACAACAACAACAACAGUGGCAGCGCCGCGGCGCCAUGCUCAUCGCCGCCGUCGUCGUCGUCGUCCGGCGCCACGCCGAGCCGGUACGAGAACCAGAAACGGCGGGACUGGAACACGUUCUGCCAGUACCUGCGGAACCACCGGCCGCCGCUGGCGCUGCCGAUGUGCAGUGGGGCCCACGUGCUAGAAUUCCUCCGGUACUUAGACCAGUUCGGGAAGACCAAAGUCCACAACCAAAACUGCCCGUUCUUCGGCCUGCCCAACCCGCCCGCCCCCUGCCCCUGCCCGCUCCGCCAGGCCUGGGGGAGCCUCGACGCUCUAAUCGGGCGCCUCCGCGCCGCCUACGASGAGAACGGCUUCCGCCCCGAAUCCAACCCCUUCGGAGCAAGAGCCGUCAGAUUAUAUCUGAGGGAAGUUCGUGAUUUUCAGGCCAAAGCUCGUGGCGUUAGCUAUGAGAAGAAGAGGAAGAGGCCUAAGCAAAAAAUCACUAAUUCCACACAAGAUCCUCCAACAACAACUCAACAACAAUAAAAAUAAAUAAAUUUAUAUUCAAAUUAUGUGACCUAUUUCUUUUUAUCGAGAGCGUUGCAAUUGUGGAGGUAGGGAUUUGAACUAUCGACCUGACUGGGCCUUAAGGAGAAGGUUUAAUUUCCUA